CGCCGGUCCUGUAGGCGGCGCUGCUCCGCCUCUCUCGUGUCAAAUACCGCAGAAACGGCCCGCGAAGAGCGCUUCUUAUGGAUACAUGAUGGCGCACAACUCAAGAUUGUAUGAAGCGGACGGUAAAUGCUCUGAUCGAGAUGCCGAUGCUUCCCAGACUUCAACUUCAUCCUCCUCUUCCUCCUCAAUGAAGAGACACUGGGACGGCGAUGAUGAUGAUGAUGGUCACUCUCCCUGGAAGAAGCAGGUCACAGACGAAUCAUUGCACAGUCAGAAAGUGGCCACGCAUUACAACAAACUCCAGGAGUGUGGCCUGGCGGAGCGCAAUAGAAGCAGGAUAGUCCACAUGCGCAACUUCAACAACUGGUUGAAGAGUGUCCUCAUAGGCGAGAUCUUGGACAAGGUGAGGGAGAGACGGAGAGAGGUGACCGUGCUGGACCUGGGCUGUGGGAAAGGAGGAGACCUUCUCAAGUGGAAGAAAGGACGGAUUGAGAAACUGGUGUGUGCAGACAUCGCAGCUGUGUCCAUCGAGCAGUGUCAGCAGCGCUACAAUGACAUGAGACGCAGGGGUCAUCCCAACGACCGCUCCUUCUCGGCGGAGUUCAUCACCGCCGACUGCAGCAGGGAGCUGCUCUCUGAGAAGCUGAGGGACCCCGAGCUGCGCUUUGACGUGUGCAGCUGUCAGUUUGUGUAUCAUUACUCGUUUGAGAGCGAGCUGCAGGCCGACACCAUGCUGAGAAACGCCUGUGAGAGACUCCGGCCGGGAGGAUUCUUCAUCGGGACCACUCCAGAUGCGUAUGAGAUGGUGAAGCGUUUGGAGGCCUCGGACUCCAACAGCUUUGGAAAUGAAGUGUUCAGGGUGACCUUCCAGAAGAAGGGGGACUACCCUCUGUUCGGCUGUCAGUAUGACUUCAGUCUGGAGGGCGUGGUCAACGUCCCGGAGUUCCUGGUGUAUUUCCCUCUGUUUGAGGAAAUGGCGAAAAAGUACAACAUGCGUCUGGUUUACAAGAAAACCUUCAAAGAGUUCUUUGAGGAGAAAGUUAAGGAUGAGAAGAACAAGGUCCUGAUGCAGUGGAUGCAGGCGCUGGAGCAAUACCCUCCGGACGAAAGGGGCCGUCUGGCAACCGACACUCCGGGGGAGUACGACCACGCCAAGAGAAUCGCUGCCAGUCCUGCUGUGAGGCGUCCACUGGGAACCUUGAGCAAGUCUGAGUGGGAGGCUACAAGCAUAUACCUGGUGUAUGUGUUCGAGAAAAUGUCAUGAGUCUGAGGGAGUCUCCAUCAAGCUGUUGUAUCCGGACGAGCGAGCCAAAGAUACGGAGACUCGCUGUCAUUGGUCUGGUGUCGUUCAGCCUGCUGAGCAUGUCCAUUUCACAAACCGUCAAAUAUUUUUAUACAACCCGAGUUUUUCCCUUCACAAGUGUGUGUGUGUGUGCGCGUGUACACAGUGCACAUGAUCAAUAUUCUGUCUGAUACUGUAUUUCUGUUUAUCCGUCACGAUUCGCCCGCUCUUCCCCCCCCCUCUCUUCAAGUCAAGCAAUCUAAUAACCCUGUAGAGCUUACAGUCAUCCGCUCCCUUUGGGUUUGACCUCCAUUGUAAUCCACCCUCCCUUCAGGCUUGACUGAAAUUUUGGAUUUUCUUUUCUGCGCAAGGUUGAUUGGUAUCAUGUUCGGUGUGUGACCAGGUUAUGAUGGAGGAAGGUCUUCCUACAAUACGAAAUGCAGAACUUUGAUUGAAGUUAAGUUCUCUCUUUUCUUUUUAUUGUACUUGUAAUGAUGGUAGUUUUUUCUUUCCUAAUAUUGUCUUUGAACGUCGGGAAGAUGUGUACUUCAGUCUCAUUUCUGUACGUAGAGCAGUGUUUCUGGUCUUGCAGUUUGUCAGGGAAUAAAAACCUGUUUUAGGAUCAUUAAACCUCCAGUGCACUGUA